AUGUCGCUCAACACCACAUUCCGUCGUGCCACGUCCAGCACCGGCCCAUCAACAACCCUCUCCAAGACUUUGCUCUCCUCACCGUCAACAACUACCACCACCUCUACAUCAACCUACAUCUGCAACCAAUGCCGCCAUGCCACUCUCCUCCGCCGCCCCAAGCGACCAUACACAUUCACGCAACUCGUCGCUUUAUCAGACGGAAGCACAUUCCUGCACCGCACCACCUCGCCCAUGCCCGUCUACCGAUCCACCCGCGACACGCGCAACUCCCUGCUCUGGAACCCAACGAGCAAGAAACUGCUAACCGUCGAAGACGACGAGGCAGGUCGCUUAGCCGCUUUCCGAGCCAAGUUUGGUAGAGGAUUCGAUGCUGCUGCUGCUACUGCUACUGCGGAGAGCAAGACAGGCGACGUAGCGGGACAGCAGGCGCGGACAGAAAAACAGGUCGAGGCUGAUGCAGCAGCAGCAAAGGCACUGGCUCAGGAGGAGGCAGAAUUGCAGGAGGAAGAAGAUAAUUUGUUGGAUUUGAUUAGUUCGUUUGGUCAGGAUCAGGAGAGCGCGGGAGGGAAGAAGAAGAAAUAA